AUGGAAUUCGCUCCACCGCCCUCAGAGUCUCUGCCCGUGCCUGAUGCCGAAGUGCCUGUUGGGCCUGCUGUCACAGAAGCCGAAGAGGUCGUCCAAGGAGACCAGACGCCGCAGGCACAGGAGCCGCAGCCGGAGUCGCAGCAGGAACAGGAGAUCCCAACCGAGCACCCUGUCGAAAAUUCGGCGCCUGUCAUGGUCAAUAUCGAAGAACCGGCUUCUGACCACGCAAACAGCCGUGCUGCCUUCAAUAAUGGCUAUAACAGCGACUCAAAGGCGCAUUAUCAUUCCCGAUCGACCGACUUCCAUCAAUCUGCCCCCGAAUAUGCCGCCCAAGAUACAGACCAGUCCCGCCAAAACUCAUCUCCAUCCCUUAGCCACCACCCUUUACCUGUUCCCAACUCCAGACCCGGAUCUGGACUCUCCAGUGGCCCCGAACGUCCUGGUGCCUCUCAACAACAGCAGCAGCUGCAACAACAAGACCUCGGUCAGCGACAAGCGGCGCAGGCAAACAAGAAUAGUGUUGUAAUCAAAGUUGGCAUGGUGGGAGAUGCACAGAUUGGAAAGACCAGUCUGAUGGUAAAAUACGUCGAGGGCAGCUGGGAUGAAGAUUACAUUCAAACUCUGGGUGUCAACUUUAUGGAGAAAACCAUCUCUAUUCGCAACACCGAGAUCACAUUUUCCAUUUGGGAUCUUGGUGGUCAGCGCGAGUUUGUUAAUAUGUUGCCCCUUGUCUGCAAUGACGCCGUCGCAAUCCUUUUCAUGUUCGAUCUCACUCGCAAGAGUACUUUGAACUCAAUUAAGGAGUGGUACCGUCAAGGUCGUGGCUUCAAUAAGACCGCCAUUCCAUUCCUGGUUGGCACCAAGUAUGAUCAUUUUGUCAAUUUCCCCCGAGAAGAUCAAGAAGAAAUCUCCAUCCAGGCCAAGCGAUUUGCCAAGGCGAUGAAGGCCAGUCUCAUCUUUAGUAGCACUAGCCACAGUAUCAACGUGCAAAAGAUCUUCAAGAUUGUUCUGGCCAAAGCCUUCGACCUGAAGUGCACCAUUCCCGAGAUCGAGAACGUGGGAGAGCCUCUGCUCCUAUACAAAAACGUUUAA